AGUUCAAAGAUCCAACACGCAGUUCGUUUGGCCUUUACUAUAAAUUGCCUUCUUUUUCUUCUUUCUUCUGAUAACUCAUCCAUUUAAGUUUCGCUUCCUUUCUGAAUCAAUCAUCUUUCUCUAUUACUACUGCUACUGUUGCGAUCGCCGAUCAUAACUCACUGACGCCAUAAUUACUUUCUUCGUUUUGAUUGAAUUUGGAUAAUGGCAGCUCCUAAGUUUGCUCGAAUCCCUAGCAUGAGAGAGCGCGUGGAAGAUACUCUCUCUGCUCACCGUAACGAACUCGUUUCUCUCCUCUGCAGGUACGUGGAUCAAGGUAAAGGAAUAUUGCAACCGCAUACUUUGAUUGAUGAAUUUGAUAAUGUUGUUGGCGAUGGUGAAUCAAGGCAGAUGUUAAGAAAUGGUCCCUUUGGUGAAGUACUUAAAUCUGCUCAGGAAGCCAUAGUUCUGCCUCCAUUUGUGGCGAUUGCCAUUCGUCCGAGGCCUGGCAUUUGGGAAUACGUUCGUGUCAAUGUCCAUGACCUCAGCGUGGAGCAAUUGGAUGUCUCCCAAUAUCUUCGCUUCAAAGAGGAACUUGUUGAUGGCUCGUCUAAUGAUCCUUAUGUACUCGAGCUUGAUUUUGAGCCGUUCAAUGCGGAUGUUCCUAAACCUCAUCGGUCUUCAUCUAUUGGCAAUGGGGUUCAAUUCCUCAAUCGGCAUCUGUCCUCAAUCAUGUUUCGUAACAAGGACUGCUUAGAACCUUUAAAUGAUUUCCUUCGAGCACACAAAUAUAAAGGGCAUGCCUUGAUGUUGAAUGAUCGGAUACAGAACAUAUCCAAACUUCAGUCUGCCCUUGCAAAAGCAGAAGAAUAUGUUUCAAAGCUUCCACCUGAUGUACCAUUUUCCGAGUUUGAAUACACGUUACAAGGAUUGGGUUUUGAGAGAGGUUGGGGGGAUACGGCGGCACGGGUUUCGGAGAUGAUGCAUCUUCUCUUGGACAUCCUGCAGGCUCCUGACCCAUCCACUCUAGAGAAAUUCCUUGGCAGAAUACCCAUGGUGUUUAAUGUUGUAAUUUUGUCCCCACAUGGAUAUUUUGGGCAAGCAAAUGUUUUAGGUUUGCCUGACACUGGUGGACAGGUUGUUUAUAUACUGGAUCAAGUGCGUGCCCUGGAAAAUGAAAUGCUUCUCAGAAUAAAAAAGCAAGGCCUAGAUUUCAAGCCUAGGAUUUUGAUUGUGACCAGGCUAAUACCUGAUGCAAAAGGGACUACAUGCAACCAGCGGUUGGAAAGAGUUAGCGGAACAGAGUAUACACAUAUUCUGCGAGUUCCUUUUAGAUCAGAGAAAGGCAUUCUUCGAAAAUGGAUCUCAAGAUUUGAUGUAUGGCCGUAUUUGGAGACCUUUGCUGAGGAUGUGGCCAGUGAAAUUGUAGCUGAGUUACAGGGUAUUCCUGAUUUUAUUAUCGGGAACUACAGUGAUGGCAACCUCGUUGCUUCUUUAUUGGCUUAUAAAAUGGGUGUCACACAGUGCACCAUUGCCCAUGCUUUGGAGAAAACCAAAUAUCCAGAUUCAGAUAUAUAUUGGAAAAAAUUUGAUGAUAAAUAUCACUUCUCAUGUCAGUUCACUGCUGAUAUCUUAGCCAUGAACAAUGCUGAUUUUAUCAUCACCAGCACUUACCAAGAGAUUGCAGGAUCGAAGAAUACUGUUGGUCAAUAUGAGAGCCACACUGCUUUCACUCUUCCAGGGUUAUAUCGAGUUGUUCAUGGCAUUGAUGUCUUUGACCCAAAGUUCAAUAUUGUCUCUCCUGGAGCUGAUAUGUCGAUCUACUUCCCGUAUUCUGAAAAGCAAAAGAGACUUACAGCCCUACAUGGUUCGAUAGAAAAGAUGUUAUAUGAUCCUGAGCAGACUGAUGAGUGGAUUGGCACGUUGAAAGAUAAAUCGAAGCCCUUGAUUUUCUCCAUGGCAAGGCUGGAUCGGGUGAAAAACAUAACUGGGUUGGUAGAGAUGUAUGGUAAGAAUGCCAAACUGAGGGAGCUGGUGAACCUUGUUAUUGUAGCUGGUUACAUUGAUGUGAAGAAAUCCAAAGACAGGGAAGAAAUAGCUGAAAUUGAGAAGAUGCAUGACCUCAUGAAAAAGUACAACUUGGAGGGACAAUUUCGAUGGAUAACAGCCCAAACAAAUAGAGCACGUAAUGGUGAACUUUAUCGCUACAUAGCCGACACGAAGGGAGCCUUUGUGCAGCCUGCUUUUUAUGAAGCUUUUGGACUGACAGUUGUGGAGGCCAUGACUUCUGGGCUUCCAACAUUUGCCACUUGCCAUGGCGGUCCUGCAGAGAUUAUUGUGGAUGGUGUUUCAGGAUUCCACAUCGAUCCAUAUCACCCAGAUCAGGCUGCUGCAAUUAUGGCAGAUUUCUUUCAACAGUGCAAGGAGGAUCCAAGCCACUGGAAUAAAAUCUCUGAUGCAGGACUCCAGAGGAUUUAUGAAAGAUAUACAUGGAAGAUAUACUCUGAGAGGCUAUUGACAUUGGCUGGGGUAUAUGGUUUCUGGAAGUAUGUGUCCAAACUUGAGAGGCGUGAGACCCGAAGAUAUCUCGAGAUGUUUUACAUUCUCAAGUUCCGUGAUUUGGUGCAAACCGUUCCUCUGGCAAUUGACGACCAACAUUAAGCUGCAGUUGGUCUUGUCAUGGAAAUGUGGCGCAUGAACCAGCGGCAGCAGACAUCACAUGGUACUAACAGUAAGUAAAUAAACUCCAGUCAGUGUCUGGCAUGUAUGAAGUUGGUUAUGCCAAAAUAACCAUGUACUUAUCAUCUAAUGUAAAAGUGAAUGUUUAUGGAAGAUAAUGUACCCUUGCUAAUGUAUCCUUGCUAUUAUGAAUAAAUUGAGCUUUCUUAUUCGA